AAUUGAUCAUAAUUGGCGAGCAACUGUCAUUGAUGACAUUUAAAAUAACAAAACCAUGGCAGAUUUGGUGAAGCUUCAGAAGCUGGCUGCAGCUAGGAAAAAGCUGAAGGGCUACCAGCAGGAGAAGAAGCAAAAAGAGGUAGUGAGCCAAGGGAGCAAAUCACCAGCAGAGAGUGUGGCUUCCAGUGAGACUGCAUCAGAACAGAAUGGAUUGCUCACAGCAAAUAGCACCUUACUGACCUCAACAGAGCCCCAAUUGCAGACAUAUUUUCAAGAUCCGCAAAUGUUCUAUGACCAACCUACAUUCUUUACAAGUGAUACUGCUGAUUCCACAGUAAGCUUCUUUGAUCAAGUGACUCAACAGCAGAAUCAGAGUGAUACCAAUAAGAUUAGUGAAGAUGUAAAUGCUGUUGCCAUUGAGGACCCUGAGAUCAAUCCGAAUGAGAUUUUUGAUUUCGGUCAGGAACAAAGCACAGGUCUCACUGAUUCCGAUAAAACUGAGAUUUCGUCGCCGGUCGAGAACCUGCGGCAACUUUCGGCGCAAAUCAAUAAUCUCAUAGAGCCCACGUACGAUAGUCAGGACAAUUUUAGCGAUUUGGAGAAAAGAAAUUUGGAGUUGGCAUCGCUCUAUGAAGCUGAGAAGUUGAAGAAUGAACAGACGCAGGUAGAGUUGCUGGAAUGCAGAGCGAAAAUAGCAAAUUUAGAAAAGGAGGUGGAGAACUCUGGUGUAGAGAAUAGGAAUGAAACGCAGAGGGAGAUUGGUAUCCUGCAGGAGCAGCUGCAAUGUCACAUGCAGACAGUGGGCAUCCUGGUUGGGGAAAAGACGGAAUUGUCGGCGGCAUUGACCCAAAGUCAGAUGGAAGCUAAGCAGAAGUUGGGAGAUUUUGAAGAGCUGAACGCACGACUGAAGACGUCGAGGUCACGUGUGGCGGAGCUCGAGAAAGAAUUGAAUCAUUUCCGCGAGGAGAGGAGUAAAUACAGUAAACUGGAUUCCGAUUUUUCUGCGGUUCAAGAAAAACUGCACGUAGAGUUGGGUGCAUUGAAGGAAGAGCACGCGGAAGCCGUGCAGGAUGUGGCCGAGCUGCGAGAGAAGUUGAAGAAGCUGGAUGAGGACAAUCAUAAUCUGCUGGUGGCAAAUAAAGAUGUUUCGAAUCAAUUAGAGUUGGCGCAGGUGAAGAUCCAACAGUUGACGAAUGGCGAGGUGAGCCGAGAUGAUGCGAGGAUCGAGGGUUUGGUUCAAGAGAAGAUGUCUCUCGAGAAACAGAUCGGCGAAUUGAACAAUGCCGUGACGGCGGCUGUGAACGAAAGGGAUCAGGCCAGUAAUCACUACCAGCAGUAUGUGCAGCAAUUGAACACAAACGUUAGUAAUUUGGCUACCAAAUUGGAAACGGUGACUUACGAGAAUGAGAAUCUAUCGAAGCGCGAGCAAGAGCUGAUCAGGCACAUUGGAGAACUGGAGAAGAGAUUGCAAACCUUACAGAGUGAGCACGUUAACAUAAAGACCGCUCCGAAGGUGGUGGCAGACGAAGAAGCUGAUGAGACGAGGGCAAGUCUAAAGGAGUUGCAAUUGGAGCAUGGUAAGCUGCAGGAGAAGUUCGACGAUUUGAAAAUAGAGCGUGACGAAUUCUUCAGGGAGAGCGAAAACAAGAAGGAGGUUAUCAGCGAGCUGGAGAAGAAUUUGGAGAGGUUGCGUGGUAAUCAAACGGACAGCUCGCGUUUGUUGGCUGCAAUCGAAAGCGACAAAGUGGCCGCAUCCAGAGCCGUUCAACAGAACACUCAGCUGAAGCAGCAGUUGGAGGAAAUGCAAGAUGCCUUCAUCAAGAUGACCAACGAUAAAGCAGAGCUGGUUGAUAAACUGACCAGCGAAGUGUACAAGGAGAAAGAGCUGGACGAGAGGAUGCAACAAUACGAGCAUCAAAUCCAAACACUCGUUGAUGCUGUCAAGAUUAAAGAUAAGGAGCUUACGGAGAUUCGCGAAAGCUCCACGAAUCUAUCGAAACAAGUGAUCGAUCAGAGUCAACUGAACGAUCGGCUCAGGCACUACGAGGCGCACGAGCACAGUUCGCAAGCCCUCAACAACGACCUGCACGAAGCCCUACAGCAAGUGGCCAAGUUGAAAGCCAACGAAGAUGUACUGCAAAACGAGAUUUUUUCGUUGAAGCAGAGGUUGGAUGUGAAGAUGCUGCCGCAGGUGGUUAACGGUGGAGAACAUCAUAUGCUGGAACAUUCCGAUAACAAAGAGAUGGCCAUGAGGCAAUUGGAGACGAAGUUCAUGAACACGAUGAAAGACAUUGCUAAUCUGCAGGAUGAAAAGCAGAUGUUGGAGCAUCUGGUGAUGCAGUUGCAGGGCGAAACGGAUACGAUCGGCGAGUACAUCGCCCUCUACCAACACCAGAGGGGCGUACUCAAGCAGCGCGCUCAUGAAAAGGAGGAGCAGUUGAAGCAGUUGGCCAAAGACCGAGCGGACGUCAAGCAACAGUUGAACAAACUCAACGAUUUGGUGAAAGAUUUCAUGGCUAAGAAAAGCGUGCAUGUGGUCGAGGCCGGUAAAGAGUGUGCAGAGCAUGCACCGAUCGCACAACAGCACGAGGAUGUGGUCGAAGUGGUAGAAAAGGGUGAGGAGACGGCGAAGGAGAUAAUCACUCUGCUUUCGGAGAUCAAGAGCAGCAAUCUGGUACAGCCGUCGGACGUAUCGGAGACGUUCCAUCCAUGCUCUUUGUGUUCUGGUCAAUUGAUAACUGUCUAGUAUAAUUAUUAUUUUAAUAUAUAUUCUUUUAAAAUCUAA